UGUAAUUCAGGCCAAAAUUUAAUGCCCCUUUUUUGGUGGUGCUGAGCUGAACGAGUAUCUGUGAACGAACCUCCCUACAAAACCAAUGACGACAUAGGCCCAACCAAGCUUCACUCAGACUCACUCAGCAUCCCGCUUUAAUGAACCUUUUCGGUUCUUCCAGGUUCAACACCAAAAUCAACAACAACAUAUUCUAGAAACAUCUCUUUUGCCGCUCAUCCUCCAACAAUCGUCUCAUCAAUUGAAUUCGGCGCUCAAAAAGAUAUUAUCUCCCCUCAACACAGGUCCAAGAUGGCGAAUGGACUUGCGGGCAAGGCCCAGGAGGUCGCAAAGGAGGACUACGACAAGGCUCGAGUCCUUCUCAACGAUGCCGCGAAGAGCGGGUCCUACAUGUAUCCCAUCAAGGGGAUCUUCUACUUUUGCACCCAUCCCGGGUUAUGGAAACCGCUGCGGUCCAAGCUGCUUCCCUACAUGGCCCUCUACUCGAGCGUGCUGGGUUCCAUGUUCUUCUUCACCUACCUCCCGCAGCUUGCCGUUAUGGCGUUCGUCAACGGGCCGCUUGCCGUCAUCACGACCGCUCUUCUUAUUCUGAAUGAGAGCUCAACCAUCACGGGCAUCAUCUCCAAAAACUACCUCCUGCAGGAGGCUAUUAUGGAUACCUUCGAUGGCACUUUGAUGGCCAGGAACGCUUCUAAAGUGGUUGCCGAGGGAAGAGAGCUGAAGGCGCGGGGGGACUCCAUCGAGAGGCUCGGUAAGGCUCUUAAGAAGCCCUUCACGCGUUUCAGCGUCAAAGAACUGGUUCGAUACGUAAUGUACCUACCGCUGAACUUUAUCCCUGUCGUGGGUACCAUUGUGUUUGUUUUUCUGCGAGGGCGAGCUCGCGGCGACUCCGUUCAUGACCGGUACUUCCAGCUGAAGGGGUGGCCAACAUCCAGAAAGUCGAAGUGGCUCCAGCAACAUAAGGGACCUUAUACUGCAUUCGGCACAGUUGCCACUGUUCUCGAAAUGAUUCCCGUUGCUUCGGUCGUGUUCUCCUUUACCAACACAGUCGGAGCUGCUCUCUGGGCGGCUGAUAUUGAGGCCAAGGAAAAUGAGAUGGCCGGUAGCACAGCGCCGGAGCUUCGGGAGGCGGCCAAGAAGGCCGAAUGAGAUGUUAACGGCGAGAAUGUCUAGGAUCGCGCGCUCGGCCGGGGGUAUCUCUGCAUGAUCUCAGUUUGAUACAGACACGCAUACAGGGGCGGCAUCGGUGGUGACAGCAGAUAAACGAGGACGCACGGCAUAUUGACAACAGAAUACUCGGUGUUCCCGUUGCGGCUCGAACAAGGUUCAAAGUGGAAGUAUUGCGUAUCGGGCUUCCGCGGGCCAGGGCGAAAUCCCCACGCAGUUCGGCAAUGGCCCGGAGUUGAAUGCAAUGGCAGACCUUCAAUUAAGAAUAAAAAGCAAUUCGAUACCUCUCCGCGCUCA